UCUCCAACACCUCAUGGUCGUCUGAUGCUAGUAUCCUGCUAUUUGCACUAUACGCUUGUCAUUCACCUUUGGUGUUUUACUUACGCUUAGCGGCGUCUUUUUUUGAUCCCCCCUUUUCCUCCUUUUUUCCGCCUCUCCCCUACUACCUUUUUUUCCGUUUUUUGACCAGGUUUGACAGAUGGCUCGCCUCUGCAUUCCUGGGUUUAUCUUCCGCCGCGACAGGCCCUCCGCACGGUUCACGACACAACCAGCCUUUCGUUCAUUCCCUCGAAGUGUCAGCUACCGUGCCAACCCUCCUGUCUCGCCCCGCUCCUUUUUGCCGGUCUCCUCGAAGCCCGGCGUCCACUCCUUUUGCACCUCGUCGACCUCAUCGACCGGUGACCGUUCCUUUUCUCAGAUGAGCCAGGGUUCUCAUCUCCCGGUUCGCUCGGUAAGAGCACCAGCCACUCCUUCUACUGCUGCCCCAGCUCGCACUGGGGUGGUGGCUACGCUAAAGGCCCUUUCUUCCCGCCUCGCGGAAAGAAGGGCGACUCGACAGGCCCGACUCCGACCCUGGGCUCAGCCCAGCUCGACUAGUCGCAAAGCGUCCCCCAGACACCCGUCGGCCGCCCACCGCAAGCCAGCGCCCACCAAGCCCGCCAUCCGCAAGCCGACCAAGCCGGUCAAUCCAGCGGGAAACAAGGCUAACCGUGCUCAAAGAGCGAUUGCUCGGAUCGAGCAUGCCCUUACCAAGCUUGUGCCUACAAGCCGUAAGGUCAAGCCCGUGAAGAGCGUUCGUUUCGGCGAGACCACGGUGAUCCCUGUCUCUCGCUGGAUUGUCCGGUCCGAACACUCCUUUCACUUUCCGUCCUGGUUCGGUUACCUCCAAGGCUGGAGGGUAGUCCCUCUUUCAGAACCCGAUUGCGACGGCGAAACCGAGAAAUACAUCACGACGUGGGGCAAAGACAGGUACGACAUGCUCACCAGCCACGUCGAUUUCAUGGUGCUCCCUCCUGUUGGAAUCCCCUGUGGCCGGCAAGGGUGCGCCUGGGAUACUAUGCGGAGCAUUAAGCUCCAGCAUCCCAGGUGGACCGAAGCCAUGGUUAUCAGGGGUUUCAACAUUUGGCGAGAGAAACAGAGGCAGCGUGGAAGGUUUUACUUGUAAGCCUUCCGUCCCAACCCAAGUCUUUCUUUAAUUGCCUCUUUCUCUCCCUCACGUUCCUUACCACGUCCCUUCCCACGUUCAUUCCCACGCACCUUCCCACGUUCCUUACCCCAGAGCAUGUCAUCCACUCUUUUGUCUUUUUUCCUUUGUUUCCAUUGAUUGGCUGGCUCUGGUCUUUCCUGAAGACCAUCCAGGUGCUGCUAAUGAUUC